GCGUUAACAAGCGGUGGAAGCUGGCACUGGGUAUUCUUGUGCAAUGUUCCAGCAGGCGGUCUUGCCUUUGUUCUAAUAUUCUCUGUUCUACCGGCUUGUUUCCCACAUCAACCCGAAGCGUCAACUGACGAGUCCAGACCAAAGUCAAUCAGAAUAUGGGAUAAGAUCGUGACUUCUUUCCGACAGUUAGACCUCGUUGGUUCCUUUCUUAUUUUUACAGCAUGUUUGUUUAUCAUUGCAGCUCUCCAAGAGGGAAAUUUCAGGCUCCCAUGGUCCUCCGCCAUGGUAAUCAGUUUCCUCGUGAUUUCAGGACUGUCUUGGAUUGCAUUUAUCUUGUGGGAGUGGUUUAUUCAUCGGCUUGACUCCGAAAUCAUUCCAAUGUUCCCAUGGAGGCUGACAAUGAACCGCGCUUUAAUGGGUGCCGCGUUAGGAUUCUUUACAACGGGUCUACCCUUGACUGUCUGUGUUCUCAAUCUUCCACAAAGAUUUCAAACCGUCAACGGAAGCUCACCGAUUGGAGCGGGCGUCAAGCUAUUGGCAUUUGCGCUGAGCUGUCCUAUUGGAAUCAUGGCCUGUUCAUUUUUGGCUGGCCGUCUCAGAGUGCCGUUCAGCUACAUUGCGUUAUUUGGUAUUAUCUUUCAGGCUAUAGGGUUGUUUCUUUACUCGGAAAUCGCGUCUACCACAAAGCUUUGGACGGGCCAAUUUGGAUAUUUGGCACUGGGUGGGCUGGGUGUAGGUCUAUCGAUGGCUACAUUCACCAUGAUCGCGCCACUUGUGGUAAAUAAAAAGGAUCAGUCCAUCGCCUUGGGAAUUGGACUGCAGCUUCGAAUGCUCGGUGGUGUUUUGGGCGUGGCAGCGUCGGCUGCUAUCCUCAAUCAUUAUCUCCAAAGCCGGCUCUCAUCCAUCCUCCCACCUGAAGAGCUGGGCGCUCUUUUAGAGACAACCGAAGCAAUUCUGUCAUUUCCACCAGAGAUCCAAAUUAGUGCCCGCGAGGUUUUUGCAAUGGCUUACAGCGCACAGAUCAAGCUUUCGGCGGCAUUUUCUGUCGCCCAAUUGUUGGCUCUUGCAAUGAUCUGGAGAAGACCGAAUAUCAGAUAUCUCAAGGAGUGA